UAAGGGAUAAAAAUGGACCAAAGACUCUUCCCCUUAUUAAAGAGUAGAGAGAGAAAGAAACCAAAUUAGAGAGAGAAUUUUUUUUUUGUUGCUCUAAAUUUUGAGCGAAUUGCUAGACAGCCGACACUUGUCCUUAAUUAAAAACUUUCCCACUGGUUGUGGUUGAAAGGAUUGUUGGAAUUGAAGCGGGUUUUACUAGUAAGGAUUUGAUUUUGUGCAAUUUUUAUUGUUGUUAUUGGUAUUUUAUAGUGGUAAUUUUGGUGUUUAAAGUUGGUUAGAUUUGUGGGAAAAUAGUGGAAUUUGAUUAGGGUGUUUUAGUUUGAUAGUUGGAAUAUUGAAAAUAGGUGAAAAAUGGGGAGUAAUAGUAAUAUGAACUUUGGUAAGAGUUUUGGGAAUGAAGCAGCAGGUGAUGGGAGUGCUGGUGGAAGUGGUAGACCACCAGGGUCUGGGUUAGGGUCAGGGAAUUUCGGGUUAGCAAGGCAGCUUUCGAUUUAUUCGUUGACAUUCGACGAAUUUCAGAACACAUUAGGAGGGAUGGGGAAGGAUUUUGGGUCUAUGAAUAUGGAUGAAUUGUUAAAGAACAUUUGGAGUGCUGAGGAAACACAAUGUAUGACAACAGGAGCAGGGGCAGCAGCCGCGGCUGCUGCAGCUGCUGCUGCUGCUGUAGGGAGUAGUGGUCAGGAUGGGGGGAAUUCAGGUGGGUAUUUGCAGAGGCAGGGGUCAUUGACACUACCUAGGACGCUUAGUCAGAAGACGGUUGAUGAGGUUUGGAAGGAUAUAGCGAAAGAGUUUAAUGGAACUAAGGAUGGGGGAGGUGGAUCUAAUGUACCACAGAAUCAGAGACAGCAGACUCUAGGGGAGAUCACUUUGGAGGAGUUCUUGGUGAGAGCUGGGGUUGUAAGGGAAGAUACAGAAGUGCUUGCGAAACCUAAUAAUGCUAACGCUGCUGCUGUUGCUGCUGCUGGAAUGUUUGCGGAUUUCUCAAGGGCUAAUAAUAACAAUAGUAAUAAUAAUACUAAUACUGGUUUUGGAAUUAAUUUUCAACAACCUGGUCGAGGUGUUGAACUGAUGGGUAAUCGUUUAGCGGAGAAUAAUCAUCAGAUGUCCUUGCAAUCAGCUAACUUGCCGUUGAAUGUUAAUGGAGUACGAACAUCACAACAACAACCAACACCAGUGCAGAUGUCUCAGCAGUCACAGCAGCAACAACAGCAGCAGCACCUGCAGCAGCAACAGCCACUAUUUCCGAAACAGCCUGCUGUCUCAUAUGCAUCUGCGAUGACUCUACCCAGUAAUGCUCAGCUAGGUAAUACAGGAUUGAGGGGUGGUAUGACUGGUAUCGUAGGAUUAGCUGAUCCAGGGAUGAACAACAACUUGGUUACUGGUACUGCUCAACAGGGUGGUGCAGGGAUGAGUAUGGUUGGGUUGGGAGGAGGUGGAGCAAUAGGUGUUCCUGCUGGAUCUCCCGCAGCUUUGUCAUCCGAUGGGCUUGGGAGGAGCAAUGGAGAUUCAUCUUCUGUUUCACCGGUUCCGUACAUGUUUAAUGGUGGUGGUCUUAGGGGGAGAAAAGGAAUCCAUGCAGUUGAUAAAGUCGUUGAAAGGAGGCAGAGGCGAAUGAUAAAAAAUAGAGAAUCUGCUGCAAGGUCCCGAGCACGGAAACAGGCCUAUACAAUGGAACUGGAGCAGGAAGUUGAGAAAUUAAAAGAGGAGAAUCUAGAGUUACGGAAGAAACAGGCGGAAAUUAUGGAACAGCAGAAAAAUCAGGUGAUGGAGAUGAUGAAUAAUGCACAAACUGGUUCUCGGAAAAAGCUCAGGAGAACGCAAACAGGGCCGUGGUGAGAAACUGGUGCAAUACUUACAGUAGGUUUUUUCUUUUGUAAAUAUUUUCGAGGGAGUGGAUGCUUUUCUGUUAUUGGAUAGCUGAGGAUUGUAUUUUAGGUUAAAAGCUUCCAAAUUUAUAGUUUCCUUACCUCUAAACAUCAGUAUUUGUAGGAAAGAGGAAGUGUGACAUGUGAUCCAUAUAAACCUGUUGGGAUAUGUAGUUUUAGGGCAUGUCCAAUUCUCAACAUCUUUUUUUGAUGCUUUUAGAUUUUCUUUACUUUUUACUUGGUUCAAUCUGAAUUUCAUAGCUUAGAAUGAUGCUGUUGGCAUGUAGUUUCGCAAAUCAAAGCAAAAUUUAUUGUAAAUUGCAUCUCUGAUGGGCAUUUUUCAUCAACAUCAAUCAGACUUCCAUUUAUUAGUC